AUGGGAACACCACCAGAGACCCCGGUGUCCGGUACUCAAGGCGGUCGCGGGCGAAAUCAAGGCGUUGGGGGGCGAAACGGCGGCGGAGGUGGGCGAAAUGGCGGAAAUGGUGGGGGGCGAAGCCGCGGCGGUGGUCGAGGCGCCGACCGCGAAGGAGAGCAGGGGACUGGAGGAGGUGGCGGCCGAAGUGGUGGGCGAGGUGGCAAGGGCGGACGCGGCGGCGGUGGCGGCGGCGGCGGGGAUGGCGAUGGCGGUGGAGGCCGGCGAUCGACCUACUACAGCAAUGAAGAAUCCAUUGCUAUAGCCAGAGCCUGGUAUGCGGUCACGACCGAUUCUAUAAUCUGUACGGAUCAGACCGACGUUUGCUUUUGGAAUCGCAUUCUCGAUGUGUACAAGAAAUUCAAACCAGAUGGGAGCGUCGAGCGUACAGCUAGCCAGAUCCGGAAGAAGUUCGGAAGGAUUACUAAAGCAUUGAAGAAGUUCAGUGGCAUAUACGAGACCCAACUUCGCCUUGCUGAGAGCGGCCGCACCGAAGCCGACGUACGAGCGUUGUCGUAUCGGUUGUACAAUACUGAAUCGUGGCCGAAGUUUACCUACUGGGACGAAUACCUCGUUCUGCGUGACUGCCCGAAAUUCAGGAGCAUCAUCGACAAAGAUCCCGUCUCUGGGCCGAAGCGGACUAGACUGGGCGUCACCGGCAACUACAACAGUAGUAGUGACUCACGCGCCUUCGAUCUGAACGACGAUGCUUCGGAGGAGGAGCCCCCUUCCAGACUCUCUGGGCGCCCACGUCCGCAGGGCCAGCGUGCCGCAAAUCCGGGAACUAGAACCGGCUCUCAAUUCUCCGCUGCGACCUCUACAGCAGUGCCCUCAACACUGAGGGCGGCUUUGACUCAUACCCUAGAGGUCCAGAUGAUGAAGCAACUUUCGGAGAAUUUGGCCUUGUACGAGAAGUCAACUGAUCCGGAGAUCAAGAGAUUCUACUAUGACCUCAUUAUUCGACUGAGGUCGAAGUUGGGAUGGGGCGAAGGGUCGCAAACGGGCGGUGCCAGCGGCAGUGGGGCCGGUGCAAGUGGCAGUGGUGGCGGUGGAGGCGGUGAAGAUGAUGUGAUGGAUGACGAUGACGACACCGAGUAG